AUGGAAUAUUUCGACUUUGAGGGCGCUUCGUCUGCGCAUGGCUCUUACCAGCAAGAUGAUGAGAUCGGUUCCAUUGAUAUUGAGUUUGGCGAAGCCGAAGAACAGGCCGCAAAUCUCGAGUCGUUGAUUCAGGAUCAGACGUCGACAUUCCCCAAUGACCCGACACCAGAGCAGUCCGAGAUUCAUGCCGGACAGGCCAUUGAUCCCGAGGGGGUUUAUCCCAUGUUCCAGGCCCCAGACCCAUGUGACUUUUGCCGGCGAAUGGGAUUGGACUGUUUCGUUGCAAAGCGCGGCGUAAUGAACUAUGGCUGUACUUGCUGCAUCUCUCUCUAUCGUGAAUGCAGUUUUACUCAUGCCAAAACCCCGGGGAAGUUCCUCCAAACGUUACAUAGCGUGUCAGAGAAUGCCUACGUACCUAUGGGCAGUCUCACAGGAAAGAAAGCCCUCAAAUCGGUUUCCUACAACGCUUAUCCCAAUGAUCCAGAGGGACGCUCGCAACAAAACAGUGCGAGAUUCUCCCGCAAGGCAAUCAGUAUCCUGAAGAGCUGGCUACGAAACCACAACGACAACCCCUAUCCCACCGAGCAAGAGAGGGAUGACUUAAAGCAAAAUACCGGUCUUACACGCACGCAAAUUGCCAACUGGCUGGCCAAUGCUCGACGACGCGGAAAAGUCCAUCCCUCGCGUGGGGGCGGCUCUCCCGUUCCAGGAGCAGUGGACAUCCCAAGGAAGCAAUCCGUCGACAUAUCCCUCAUGACCCCCCUUGAGCGUUGGAAGUACUCGCCCCCGAAAACGAACCGGCUGCGAUCAGUGAUAUUACCCGUGCUUUGGCCAAUCCCCCGUUCGAUCCCUCCCGUCCACGCCGGGGCCCCUCGAGUCACGUGA